AUGGCCGACAUCGACGACGACGAUGUCUCGCAAUUGCCCACUCACAAUGCCGACAAUGUCGACCUCAGCGACGAGACGCAGGACUUCCGCUUCCUGACCAGUUUGUCCAUCUCUGAGAAUGGCGCCUCAAAGCUCCCCAAGCGCGGCGAGAAGGAUUUCGAGCCGCAUGCAACCUCGCUGCAGGCCAGUGCUCUUGAUGCCUCGCGCGAGGCCAUGCACCAAGCCAUUUCAAGCACCCGUAUCCACAACCCCAAGAAUCACGUCGUCGCUACCUACGACCCCGUCUCCAACAUGGCUCGCGUCGACCAAGUCAAGGGUCAGGCUUUCCGCACAAUGGGAAAACACAUCUCGGGCGUCAUGUGGCUGCUGCCUGAGGAGGCCUUGUACCUGCUCGAGCGCGGCUCUCUUGACAUCCGCUGGCCGCCCGCUGACGCUGACGACGAAGGCCUUCCAAUGAGUCUGCAGGGAGCGUAUGCAGCCUUCAUUGGCAUGGAAGACUCUGUCGGCGGCCACCUAACCUUGGAGAGAUACAUUGUUUACGCCGCCCUGAAGCGAUCUGGUUACAUCAUAACCCGUGCUGAGAGCUGGGAGGGUGCCAAACAAGUCGAUCAUUCUGCAGAUAAACCCCCCUCGCCCUCCCUUUUCUGGGACUUUGGACUGUUUCGUAGCCUGUGGAAGUUCCUGCUCCCUACAUCACGACGUGGUCCAAAUCCUGGUGCUGCCCUCGGCCCUCUUGUGACACCUGGUUUAUACCGGCACUACAAUGACGUCUACCGUCUGCUAGACCUCGUCCCGUUCCACGAUCCUCGCCAGCCGCCGCAGUUCUCUUCGGAAGAGUCAAGCCAAGACCCUUUCCAUGUAGCCUACUCUGUUUACAAACCGACGCCAACCUGGAAGAAGUCUGCCCCGGGCCUUCCGGACUUCCGUGUUGCCGUAGUUGAUGCACGUGAGACGUCCGUCCCUACGUUGCCACAAUUGAACGAUCUUCUCGCUUCGACACCCUACGAUCCACCCAAGCCAGACGGCCAGCUGUAUCAAAAGCUCAAGCAAGGCUACCGGAACGUAAUUCUGGCAAUUGUCGACCAAGGAAUCGUAAGCUAUGUGCGGGUGGCGGAUGCGGGAUUUGGCCUUGAAAGGCUCUACGAGAGAACCCCCCGCGGUCCUGGUUCGAAGCGGGGUGGGUUCAGAGGCCGUGGUCGUGGCCGCGGUCGUGGUCGUGGACGGUAA